AUGCCGGCCAAACAUAGGGGUGUCUUCUCCCUAAUCAUCAUCAAUAAAGCUGGUGGUCUUAUCUACCAGCGCGAGUUCCAGGCUGGCUUGCGCAAGCUCUCGACAAAUGACUACCUCGUCCUAGCUGGCACCUUUCACGGUGUUCAUGCAAUCACACGCUCAAUCACACCGAAAAUCCCCAUCUCCCAACCCGCUCAGCCACCCGCAACCUCUUCAGCGGGCACAGCUGCUCCUGCGACGUCCGGUUACUCCUACCCAAAUCCCGGUGUACCAGUCUCCGGACUGGAUCACCUCGAGACAGACAAGUUUCGAUUGACUUGUUUCCAAACCCUGACGGGGACAAAAUUCUUGCUGUUCACGGAUCCCUUGACUGGCAGCGUGGAUACAAUCAUUCAGAAGAUUUACGAGCUCUACGCGGACUUCGUGAUGAAGAAUCCAUUCUAUCAGAUUGAGAUGCCGGUGCGAUGUGAGGCAUUUGAUCGGCAUCUGGGGGCGUGGUUGAGGGGGAGGACGUAG